AUGGAGCUGAGAUUCCUGCUGCUGCUGCUGCUGCUCUGCAUCUCAGGAUUCCAAGCACAAGAGUCUGACGCAGUGGAGAGCAGAGUGGAGGGGCAGAGCCUCGUUGUUGAGUGUCGCUACAGAUCCCCGGAUUACAGUGCAACACGGAAAACCUGGUGCCAGCUGAGAGGUGAAAUAUGCUCUCCCUUAGUUAGCACCUCUUACACAUCAUAUGGAUACAACAACAAGGUUGCCUCUGGAAGAACUACGAUAGAGGAUGACACCCGCAAUGGGAUUGUAACCAUCACCAUGGAGAAGCUGCAGGUGCAGGACUCCAGAGUGUACUGGUGUGCGCUCUAUGACCCGCCCAAUACACUGUAUCCACUAACGACAAUUAAAUUGGACGUUUUCAAGGAAGUCCAUGAAUACGAUGUUAUUGAGGGGCAGAGUCUCUCUGUCCAGUGUCCAUACAACACACAGCGUUACAAAGAGGAGAAGAAAGCCUGGUGCAGAAGCACAGUUCAGAAUAAGUGGGAGGUCUUGGUCAACACUUAUCACGGGUUCCUCAGCUAUCAAAACAGCGCUCAGAAAGGCAGAGCCAGGAUACAUGACGACACCCAGAAAGGGAUUGUUACUAUCACCAUGGAGAAACUGAAGGUAGACGAUGCAGGGGUGUACUGGUGUGCGCUCUACCAGCCUCCCAAUCUUUACAGAAUAAUUGAAGUUAAACUGGCUGUUACCAAGACUACAACUACACGUGUCGUUCCAGUUACCUCAAGCACAGGUCACACCAGCCUAAUCCUUAGCACAGCUAGUGCUGGGGUCAACCCAGCAGACAGCAGCCUCUCGAGUGAAAGAAACUUCAUCAUCCUCGGCGUGGUCUUGGGAGUCCUCUUCAUCCUGGCGCUUAUAGGCUUGGUGAUAUUGUACACCAGGAAAUCCAAGCAGCUGAAGACAAGAGGUGAUGGACAAGCUGAAGCCAUCUAUGAAGAACCCAAGGACGCCACAGUGUCUCAGGGCUUCGGCAACAUGAACGAUCCCAAGGACGACAAACAGGAGAUACCACAAGACCUAAAAUAUGCCACCUUGGCCUUCAAAUCCAGACCCAGUCCCCGGGAAUCUGUCUACGACAACAUCACGCCAAGUCGAGCUCUGGAGACACCCCACACCAGGUCCUCCACCGAACCUGUGGAAUACGCCAGCAUUUCACUCAAGCCAUUAGCAUCAGGCACCAAAUCGUGAU